CAGGCACCAGCAGGAGGAGAGGAGAGAGGAGGCAGUCAGUCGGUCAGCCAGCAGUCGUUUGUGUGUGUAAAAUCGCCUCCGGUGCAGUGGCGGAUGUUGGCAGUGGCGAGCGGGACACCCAGGAUGGCUCGUCGGGACGCGACACUGGUGGCGGGCCUCGCCGGACACUCGGGGGCCUCGAGUCCAUGUGUUUUCUAGGCGAGUACGACGGCUGAGAGAGACACCAACCCCGAGCAACGCAGAAAGCAACAUGGACGACCUCCGCAGUGUCCGAUCGAGGCUCGGUCGGAAGUGAGCAGUUAAUCACCGUCUCCGAGUCUGCGAAAGGCCGAGGUGCGGUUUAGCGUCCGAUCGGGCGUACGAGCAGGACUUUAGGCGACGAAUAACAGGCAAGAUGGCGGAUCUGGAGGCUGUCCUCGCAGACGUGAGCUACUUGAUGGCCAUGGAGAAGAGCAAGUGCACUCCAGCGGCCCGGGCCAGCAAGAAGAUCAUCCUGCCCGACCCUAGUGUUCGAAGCGUCAUGCACAAGUACCUGGAGAAGAAGGGCGAAGUCAACUUCGACAAAAUAUUCAAUCAGGUUUUAGGCUACCUGUUGUUUAAAGACAUGUGUGAGAAUUUGGAAGAGCCUGUUCCUCAGCUUAAGUUCUACGAAGAGAUAAAAAAGUACGAAAAAUUGGACGCCGUCGAGGACAGGCGGCGAGUGGCGAGGGAAAUCUACGACAAUUUCAUUAUGAAAGAGCUGCUGGCGCACUCACAUGAUUAUUCAAAAGAGACUGUAGCACAGGUUCAAAAACAAUUAAUGAAGAAUGAAGUGCCAGUUAAUUUAUUUGAGCCUUACGUGGAAGAGAUUUUUAACCAUUUAAGGGGGGAGCAGUUCAGAAGAUUUUUAGAAAGUGACAAAUAUACUCGCUUUUGCCAAUGGAAAAACUUAGAGUUAAAUAUCCAGUUGACAAUGAACGACUUCAGUGUUCACCGCAUCAUUGGUCGAGGAGGUUUUGGAGAAGUCUACGGCUGCCGGAAGGCGGACACGGGCAAAAUGUAUGCCAUGAAGUGCCUCGACAAAAAGCGAAUUAAAAUGAAGCAAGGCGAGACCCUUGCGCUAAACGAGAGGAUAAUGUUGUCACUCGUCAGUACGGGGCAAGUGGACUGCCCGUUCAUCGUGUGCAUGACAUAUGCAUUCCACACUCCAGACAAACUCUGCUUCAUACUGGACUUGAUGAAUGGCGGCGACCUUCAUUACCACCUGUCUCAGCACGGUGUUUUCAAUGAGACUGAAAUGAAGUUCUAUGCUGCGGAAGUAAUUCUGGGUUUGGAGCACAUGCACAAGAGGUACAUUGUGUACAGAGACUUGAAACCAGCAAACAUUUUGCUAGACGAGCACGGCCACGUCAGAAUAUCCGACUUGGGCCUUGCUUGUGACUUUUCCAAGAAGAAACCUCACGCCAGUGUCGGCACACAUGGCUACAUGGCACCCGAAGUGCUCUCUAAAGGAACUCCCUACGACUCCAGCGCCGACUGGUUCUCCUUCGGAUGCAUGCUGUACAAGCUGCUCAAGGGACACAGUCCAUUUAGACAACACAAAACUAAGGACAAGCACGAAAUUGACAGAAUGACUUUGACAAUGAAUGUUGAGUUACCAGAUUCGUUUUCCAAAAGUCUACGAAACCUUCUUGAAGGCCUCCUUCAAAGGGAAAUAGACAUGAGACUGGGCUGCAAAGGCAGAGGGGCUGACGAGGUCAAAGAACACCCCUUCUUCGCAGGCAUCGAUUGGCAACAAGUGUACUUGCAAAAGUACACACCUCCUUUGAUACCUCCUAGAGGGGAGGUUAAUGCAGCUGAUGCCUUUGACAUUGGGUCUUUUGACGAGGAGGACACCAAAGGAAUAAAACUCACUGAGGCAGACCAGGAUCUGUACAAAAAUUUCUCACUGGUGAUCUCAGAGCGCUGGCAAAACGAGGUGGCCGAGACGGUUUUCGAAACCAUCAACAGCGAGGCUGACAAAAUGGAGCAGAAAAAACGAGCCAAGCAAAAGCAGAAAUUCGACGCGGAUGAGAAAGAAUCUGACUGCAUUCUGCACGGCUACAUAAAAAAAUUGGGCGGGCCUUUUGCCUCGGCCUGGCAAACUCGUUACGCUAAACUGUACCCUAACCGGCUGGAACUGCAUCCUGAAUCAGGAAGCACGAAGCCUGAACUAAUUUUCCUGGACCAGGUCGAGGAAGUCUCUCCUGAUCUAACGUCAGUCAAGGGUGAACAGAGCAUCGUUUUGAAGACGAGAGAUGCAAAAAUUGUGCUCACCAACACUGAUGAAAUUGGAUUGAAGGAGUGGGCGCAGUCAUUGCGUUUGGCACACAAGACUUCUCACGAACUCCUAACCUCAAUGGCCAAGAAAGCAGGGAAAAUCUACGGCACGGAUCCUUCGACACCACCUUCGUCGUCAAGCAACCACAAACCCAGCCCAUGCACGAACCGCAGCACAAACGGAAAUUAGGGAAUGGGUUUAGAACUUGAGAGCAGUGCUAGGGAACUACCUGCGCCAAAACUUCUGUCGUGCUGACUGUGUUUGAGCGCGUCAAAAAGGUUAGCAAUAAUUUUUUUUACAACUGGAGGGCAAUUUUUAAGAAUGAACAUGGAAUGGUUGAUGUGACUUAAAACCGAUGUGUGGUCAAAUUUUUGGAUCUUGCAAAUUGGCUGACGCGAAUUGCGCUCACUCUAAAAUUAAUCAAAAUGACCUUUUUGCUGCUCUUCGUUCAAUCAGCCGGGGUAGAGUUCAACUACUUUCUCGGUAUGAAAAGAGCAGGCAUAUUAGCUGAGCAGUAGAAAACCAGCAUGUGCAAAGUAUUUGUUGGUUGGUUCAAUUGCAUUGAUUUUUGGGUUACUCCUUUUUUUUCUUGCAUUUUUCUGAGUUAAGAGGCUAUUGAAGCAAUCAUUAAUGUUUUGCUUAAUCAUGGCUGUGACAUUUUUUUAUUUCAAUGUAUUUUUAUAAGAGUAGAACAAAUUUCAAAAACUUUUUUGACGCCUUUUUAUUCAGAAAUUUGUUGUUAGGAAUAAUAAGUGAAUUCGAAAGAGGAUUUUGUUCUGAAAUGCGUAAACAAACUUUCAACUUGUCAGUGGCCAUGACCUAAUGCUAUGGCAGAUUUAGCUGCUCAUUUUGUCUUCCAUCUUGACUUUUUUUUCAUUUAUCCCCAAUGAUUUUUUCAUUUGAUUUCCACUUAUUUAAAUUUAUUUGGAAAUAUGAGUUAUAGGAAAAUAGAAUUUUACACCAACAAAUACCUGUACUAGGGUUAAGCAUAGAUCCAACUAGCCAAGGUUAAAUGAAAUGCUAAUCAAAAUGAUUAUGUGACAAAAUCAAAAACAAAGUAUUUUAAAAUGGUCGCUUGGAUAUAAAUAUAAUAUGAAAUUCAAUUGGGCAAAACAACCUCGUUCAAACGUCAGCACGAACCGAGUUGGCAGCGCUCUUUUUGGCAGAAAACAAUAUACGUGGGAAGCGGCAAAGAAUUGUAACUUUGCACGCGUGUUAUAUCUGCACCCUUGUAUUAGAAGGAACGCUUCUCAUGUGGUUGACACUGGUGAAGGGAAAUGUCAAAUUGAGGCAUUUCGGAAAACUUUGUCGGACGGAGCUGCAAGAUGCCUCGAAAUCUGAGCAACCUCAAAUAGGAACUAUCAAGGAAGAGUUUUUAAAUCGGCAGGAACAAAACAAUUUUGUGCUCCAUUGUAAUUGAAAAAGAAGCCCGUCGAUAUUUUGCCAUUUAGACAAGCGCAUUUUGGAGAGCCAGUAGUAGUAUUGUUGUGUUGAGUGGUGAAGAACAAUAUUGUUAACUAACAUCCUGUGAAGGGCUACGCAAUGUAAUUAGAGGAUUCAAUUAAUCAACUACCCUGCGAAAAGAAGCCAAAAGUUCUCUCUCUUCCCAAGAAAAUUAAAAAUGCCACGCGCUCUGUAAAAGUUUAUUAUUGUACUUCGUCCUUAAGAGUAAUAAUGCAAAUUUCCACCUGAGAGGUUUAUUUCUUAUUUAAUAACGAAUAAAAAAAAUGAAAUUGUUAGGUGUCUGUUAUCUAUAUUAUGAUUCAAAGCGAAGAAGACGUUGAUGGAUGCAAAAGAGAGAAGCGCUGCAAAAGUAGAACGGACAGGAAUGCGAUUGAACGUUGUUAUUUUCUUAUCUUAUGUCAUAUGUUUAAUUUAAAAAAAGGCAGUGAGAAGAGUUAAUUAAUUGUGUAAUAGAAUCUGUGUCAUUAACCAGCAAAAGUAAUUACGAGAGAGAAAAAAAUCGUAUCAGCUUCUAUUCGAUAUAAACUUGCUAAGUUCAGUGGUCAAUUUUCUAAUUUUCUCUAUAGCUUUUUGCGAAGAAAAUGACGAAACAUAUGUUACACGCGAGUCAUCAAGUUUUUUGUAAAAAAAGAAAGAAAAAUUAUAAAUAUAUAUCCUCGUUUUUUGUUGAUUUGUGUAAAUAACAAUUAACUUCAUUCUUGAUCAUUGCAUUUAGCCGCACGUGAAAGAUUUUGGUUAAGAGUAAAUAUUUAUUUGUGAAUUAGAAUAAGGCACCCAAAUGGAUCUGAAAAAUUGAGAGUCAAUUGGAUUUGAAAUGUUCUUAAUGAUUGUAUUUUUUAAUUAGUAUCCACACCUAAUUUGCUUUUACUCUUUUGAGAAUGUUUUAUUGCAUUUCAAGAGUUAAUUAACAUGCCAAGUUAACCUCUCAAGUUUAGUAUAAAUUAAUGUUAAAUUUAGACUUUCAACAAAUUCUCAACUCUGUGAUUAUUUUAUUUCUUAAAAAAUGCGCUAAUUGUAAGAAUCAAAUCUGUGUUUGCGUUGUUACUGUAAAAUUAAUUUUUCUUGGCAAAUCGCCAAGGUUAUAUGUUUACCCGAGUGCCAUUUUGCGAAAAUUUAUGUAGUUGAUCCGCAUCCAGAGAGAUAUUUAGUUCAGAUUUCAUAGACGAAUAUUUUUGCAACGUUGCUUUUUAGGUUUUACAAUUAUGAUAAUGUCUCAGAUUUUAAUAUUACGAGUUAUGCUUCCAAUUUUCUGUACGUGUAUUAUAAAUUAAAAAAGCACAAAAGAAGAUCAACUAAAAAUAUAAUACAUCUCCAACCCUCAUAGACAUAUUAUAUUACCAUUAGUCACACACAAUUAUCAUUAUCAAAUUUUUAAAUUGAUUUUAUGAGGUGUGAUAUUAUUAUGUUUUUUUCCUUCUGUUUCAUUGGCUAGAUGCAUUGAUCAAUAAAAUUUUCUUUUUUAAUAAGCA